UUAGGCCGAACCAUGUCUGAACCUGCAGGCGAUCCGUCUCCCGCCCGCAGGACGCUUAUUCGGCCCGUAGGGCUGUAUUCCGAUGGAAGGAUGACGAAACAGGGCAGCGGCGCGGGCUGGAUGACAGAGGAGAGGUCUCGACAGCUCGGUGACUCCCGAUCAUUCGACGUCGGCAACACCGCACGUGGGAAGGUGGACUGACAACGGCGGGUGCAACACCAACAGCGCAAACUUCCGCGUGCGAUAAAAUUUGCGAUAAAUAAGGGACUGUCAGCGACGAGUUUCUGCGCCUAUAUCUACCGCUAGGACCUUUCGCUGAUUGCACUUGUAUCAUCGCGGCUUGCUAUGGCACCCAAUUGAACGUCCCCAGAUCACCAACCAGCCCGCUUCAACCACCACCACCAUGGAAAUCAUCCUCUCCAUCAACGCCGGCUCCUCCAGCGUCAAAAUCUCCGUCUACAAAGCCCCCGAAGUCGACGGCGCACCCACCCAGCUCGCCGAAGCCGUAGUCGAAGGCCUCACCGCCCCGCCCGCAACGCUCAAAUACGAGCGUGGCGACGUGAAAAUCAAAGGCAGAGAGCUGCAGAACAUCGCCUCGCAGGAAGACGCCUUCAAAUACAUCCUCGACUACCUGACCAGGGAUGAAGGCCUGCCCGAGCUGGCGAAGAAGGAGGAUAUCCACUUCACGUGCCACCGCGUCGUGCAUGGCGGCGACUAUCCCCGGAGCCAGAUCAUCGACAGGGAGACGUACCAUCAUAUCGAGGAGCUGAGCGAUCUGGCGCCGCUGCAUAAUGCGCCCGCGCUGAGCAUCGUGCGCGCGGUCAGCGAGAUCUUGCCGCAUGCGACGAAUAUCGCGUACUUUGACAGCUCGUUCCAUGCGACCAUCCCGAAGCAUAUCUGCACGUACCCGAUUGACCAGGUGAUAGCGAAGAAAAACAAGCUGAGGAAGUACGGCUUCCACGGGAUCAGCUAUUCGUUCAUCGUGCACGCGGUGUCAACCUUCCUCAACAAGCCCAAAGACCAGCUAAACAUCAUAGCCCUGCACCUCGGCUCCGGCGCCUCCGCAUGCUGCAUCAAGCACGGCGCAAGCCACGACACAACCAUGGGCCUAACACCCCUCGCCGGCCUGCCCGGCGCCACACGCAGCGGCUCCAUCGACCCGUCGCUGAUGUUCCACUUCACGCACGAGGCGGAGAAGCCGUCGCACGCCUCCGCCGGCCACAUGCACAUCUCGCAGGCCGAGGAGAUCCUGAACAAGCAGUCCGGCUGGAAAGUGCUGACGGGCACGACCGACUUCGGCAAGAUCAGCGCGUCGAGCAGAGACGAGGACGUGCUCGCGUUUAACAUCUUCGUGGACCGCAUUCUGAACUACGUCGCGCCGUAUUUCACGAAGUUGGACGGCGAGGUCGAUGCGCUGGUGUUCGCGGGCGGGAUUGGCGAGCGGGGGAGCAAGUUGCGGAGGGCGGUUGUGGAGGGAGUGCGGUGUCUGGGGUUUGCGCUGGACGAGGCGAAGAAUGAGGAUCCGGGCGAUGGGGUUGUUACGGAUAUCAGUAGGCAGGGGGCGAGGUAUAAGACGCUGAUUUGCAAGACGGACGAGCAGUUGGAGAUGGCGAGGGGGGUGUUGGAGGAUAGGGGACGGUUUGUGGGAAAGCAGUAGGGGAUUGGCGCGGCGGGCGAGGUACGAUGACUUCUGUUCUUUCGGGUCAUGGCUAGACUUCGGGAUGGGGAAGAAGGAAAACGGGUUCCUUAGACCGUUUUAAUGACAGGACGUGAAUGAUGCAAUGAGACGGCCGUUCAACAUGUG